AUGUCGGUUUACGAUUCCUACAUAUUUGAAGAAGACAAGAUGGGGAUGACGGUCACCAGCGGUUCCGUCACCCUGCAGAAGGGUCCCCAAAACCUUGUGGGCAUCAGUAUCGGUGGCGGGGCUCCCUACUGUCCCUGCCUCUACGUUGUUCAGGUCUUCGAUGCAACUCCCGCGGCCCGAGAUGGCACCAUCCAGGCUGGCGACGAAAUCACCGGUGUUGGCGGCAUCAGUGUCAAGGGCAAGGGCAAGGUUGAGGUCGCUCGUCUGAUUCAGAGUUUCAAGGCAAGUUUCCCAGACAGCGUUACAAUCUUCUUCAACAAACUGCACGCAGACCCGAAACAGGGGAAAACGUUGGAUAUAGGUAAGGGAGCCUGGUUUGACAUUUCCUUCUUUGCUCAAUAG